CAGUUGUCACUAAUAUCUAGAACUCGUAUCACCUUAACUUGUAAGAUGCUGUGUGGAAAACAGCUAAUCCUAAUCGUUGUCCUGGCCGUAGUAGCAUUGGCUACGGCAUCAGACGGAGUGCACGAUGUCCGCGAACUGACAGGCGCAUCACUAGUGCAGCCUGCCUUCUCCACAGAUGUGGCCAUCGGAAAGUAUACGCCACCGGAAGAAAUGGAUCGCAAGUUUUGGUACGAUCUGGCGAAUAAAGAGCUGGCCGCAAGAUUAAAGUUAACGCAGCCGAAUACGAAGAAGGCCAAGAAUUUGAUACUCUUUCUCGGUGAUGGCAUGUCGCUGUCAACCGUGACGGGAGCCAGAAUCCUAAAGGGUCAGCGUCAGGGGCAUACUGGCGAGGAGGCCUCGCUGAGCUUUGAGACUUUCCCCCACACCGGGCUCAGUCGGACCUACUGCAGUAAUGCACAAGUGCCGGACUCUGCUUGCACGGCGACCGCAUAUCUGUGCGGCGUGAAAACGAACAUCAUCAAUAUUGGCGUCACGGCUGCGGUCAGCUUCAACAAUUGCACAGAAAGUCAGGAUCCAGCUAAUCGGUUGACCUCCAUUGCCGAAUGGGCGCAAAAUGCUGGCAAGGCGACGGGCAUUGUAACAACAACAACGCUGACGCAUGCGAGUCCAUCGGGUGCCUAUGCCAAGACUGCGAAUCGCAUGUGGGAAUGUGAUACGGAUGUGAAAGACUAUGACGUCGACCCCAAAACAUGUAUUGAUAUGGCCACACAGCUUAUCACCCAAAUUCCUGGCAAGAACUUUGACGUUAUGCUCGGUGGCGGCAUGGGCAAGUUCCUGCCCAAAACCAUUCAGGAUGUGCAUGGCAAUCAAGGCGAACGCUCAGAUGGCAUCAAUCUGCUCUCGCGCUGGCAGGCACAGCACCCUGGCGGCGUUUUGGUUAGCAAUCGGAAUCAUCUGCUCAGCGUUAAUGUGUCAUCCGUGAAAAGCAUUAUUGGACUGUUCCAGUCCGAUCUGAUGGACUUUAACAUGGAAGCGGAUGCCAGCUAUCAACCGACGCUAUCCGAGAUGACGGAGGUGACCAUCAAGAAGCUGAGCCAAAAUAAAAACGGUUACUUUGCUUUCAUUGAAGGUGGACGCAUCGACCAUGGCAAUCACUACAACCAGGCAGGUUAUGCUCUGGACGAGACGCUGGAGUUUGAAAAGGCCAUUAAGCUAGCAAGGGAUUUAACAAACAUCGAGGAUACGCUGAUUGUAGUCACAUCGGAUCACGGGCAUACCUUAUCCAUUGCCGGCUAUCCGGGUCGUGGCACUCCAAUCUUGGGCCUCAAUAACCAUGACAGAGAUGUCAAUGGUGUGAAGUACACUGUGCUCAACUAUGCCGCUGGCCCCAAAAACUAUCUGGACAAGAAGGGGCAGCGCAUCGAUCUAACCAACAAGAUCGGCGCCAAUGACUUCGUAUUCCCCAGCUACAUUACCAAGGAUAUUGGAGUACAUUCGGGCGAAGAUGUUGGCAUAUUCGCGUCGGGGCCACAGAGUCAUCUCUUCACUGGCAUGAUGCAGCAGUCUACGAUUCCCCAUCUGAUGGCCUAUGCCGCCUGCAUUGGCAACGGACCCAAGCUCUGUGAUGCCAAAUAGAGUUGCAUUACAAAAAUAAUAUUAAUAAAGUCAGCAAAACCA